UUCACAUAAAACAUUUUUACCUCUAUAAUUGUAAACAUUUAUACUUAUUGUUUCUCUCUACAAUAUUCAACAAUAUGGAAGGAGAAGGAGGACUAAGCAGUUGUAGAAGCAACAAAGCUAGUAAUCAUAAGGAGUCUAAUGGCCUUAUUGAUGCUUUGUUUUCUUGGGACUUUAACAAUGUCUUCAAUCAAAACUUCUACAAACUCAAGGUAAGAAAGAUCCCAAAAUCAUUUGAAACAGAGGAGCAAUAUAAAGCCUCAUAUAUAUUCCCUUUGUUAGAAGAAACAAGAGCUGAGUUGUGUUCUAAUUUGAAGACAAUUCAAAAGGCACCUUUCUCACAAGUGAUUUCUAUUGAAAGUACAAACACAAAAAAAGGCAAAAUCUUGUUCGAUGUUAAUGUUAGCUCUUGGAGAAACAGUGAUGGUGGGAAAGGACAACAACCAUACAAAUCACUUCCAGGGGAUAUUUUUGUCAUUUUGGACGCUGACCCUCAAACUAUUACAAGUGAUUAUUUGGAGAAAAGCUCAAAGCUUAAUUGGGCUUUUGCUUGGUUAGGACAACUUAAUGACAAUAAUACCCCUACUCAUCUCAACCUUCAUAUUUCCAACAACAUGGAUCAACUUAAUUCAACACCACUUUUCAUUGUUUUUCUUAUGAACCUGACAACCAACUUGAGAAUAUGGAAAACGUUACAAUGUUCUUCUGAUGGCGGGAUCGUCAAGCACAUUUUGGGAACUACAUCGAUAGAUAAUAAAACUUGCAAACAAUGCAAUGGAAAUGAUGGAGAAGAUUAUUCAACUCAAAAUUUCCCAACACUAAGGUUACCAUCAUUAUCAUUGAAUGAGUCCCAAAGAGUAGCAAUAGAAAGUUGCAUAAAAAAGGUUAUAUGCCAACACAAACCUUCAAUAGAGCUUAUAUGGGGUCCACCAGGCACAGGCAAAACUAAAACCACAAGUAUAUUGCUUUGGAAAAUCUUAACAAUAAAUCACCAAAUUAGGACUCUUGCUUGUGCACCCACAAAUGUUGCCAUUACAAAUCUUGCCUCUCAAGUUGUGAACUUACUCAAGCAUGAUUCCCUAAGUAAAAAUGAUGUCUUUUGCCCUUUGGGAGAGUUGCUCUUAUUUGGGAACAAAGAUAGACUUAAGUUUGAUUCUCAUGAUCAAUUGAAAGACAUUUAUUUGGAUCGUAGGGUUGAAAAACUGUUCAAGUGUUUAGGACAACAUGGUUUGAAGUUUCAAAUAACAUCAAUGAUAGGGAUUUUCCAAGAAAAUAAGCUAUCAAAAAUGAAGAGAAUGUUCAAAUUAAAUGCUUCCUUCCUUUUAGACUGUGUUCAUAUUUUCACAACUCAUAUACCAAAACAAGUGAUUAUGGAGCAUAAUUGGAAAAAAUUGGAGAUUCUUGUUGGGUUUAUUUGUGAUAUUGGGACUCUCUUGAGUAAAGAUAAUUAUGAUGAUGAUGAUGAUGAUGAUAAAAUGGGAGAAGCUUUGAUUGAUUUGAAGUGUCAUUGUUUGUUGGUUUUGAGGACACUUUUAGUUUCUCUUGAUGAAAUUGAAGUUCCAAGUAAAUUGAGCAAGAAUUCAAUUGAGAAGUUUUGUUUUCAGAAAGCUUCAUUGAUUUUUAGCACAGCAUCAAAUUCCUUCAAAUUAAACUCAGUGAAAAAGAAUUCACUGAAUUUGGUUGUUGUUGAUGAAGCUGCACAAUUGAAGGAAUGUGAAUCCCUUAUACCUUUGCAACUUCAACAUAUAAACCAUGCCCUUCUUGUUGGUGAUGAGUUCCAAUUACCAGCAACAAUAAAGAGCAAGGUUUGUGAGGGAGCUAAAUUCGGUAGAAGCCUUUAUGAGAGGCUAAGUUUAAUGGGAUACUCAAAGCACCUAUUAGAUACACAAUAUCGGAUGCAUCCAUUUGUGAGUUACUUCCCGAAUUCAAAAUUUUAUGGGAAUAAAAUUAUGGAUGCUUCCAUUGUAAUGAAUAAAGGGUAUGAAAAAAAUUACCUCCCAAGUCCUUUAUUUGGACCAUAUUCUUUUAUCAAUGUUUGUGGUGGACAAGAAGAAAGCAAUGGUGAUGGACAAAGCAAGAAGAAUACGGUUGAAGUAAUUGUUGUUACCCAAAUUGUCCAAAUGCUUUACAAAGCAUGGUGCAAAAACAAGAAUGAUAUUAGCAUCGGGGUAAUAUCUCCUUACAAUGCACAAGUUUCAUCAAUUCAAGAAAAACUUGGAAGAAAAUAUGAGAAGAAUAAUAACGAAGGAUUUAGAGUAAAAGUAAAGUCAAUUGAUGGUUUCCAAGGUGGUGAAGAGGAUGUAAUCAUAAUCUCUACAGUUAGAUCCAACAGUGGACACAACAUUGGAUUCCUCUCAAAUAAACAAAGAACCAAUGUUGCUCUAACAAGAGCAAGGUUCUGCCUUUGGAUUGUGGGAGAUGCAAAAACUUUAGGAAAGAGCAAUUCAGAGUGGAGAGAUGUUAUCAAUGAUGCCAAGACUCGCCAAUGUUUCUUUAAUGUUGAGGAGAACAAAGAGUUGGCAAAUGAAAUGAGAAUGAUAAAGACUUGGCAAAUAUGUGAUAUCAAACAGGAGAUCCUCAAACUUGAUAACAUUUACAACAAUAAUCACUAUGGAAGAGUUUGAUUUCUAUUUACACUUAGGAAGAUUAUGAGUAUUAAGUUUUUGGUUUGUUAAUGUUAUAUAUACAGCUGUUGGGUGGGCAGUCUUUUUCUGUGUUUUUAGUUUUUAUGUGACAAUCUCUUUGUUAUUGGGCUUAUGUUUUUUAUAUUUGCUUUUGACCUCGGGUCGUCAGGUCCUCCUUUUUUCCCUUAUCAUUGCGCAAAUAUAUAUAGAAUCACGUAUUUGAAAAUCUAAUCCAAAAAUGAUAGCAUAAAUUUAGUA